UGGAAAUUUGCCAAGUAGUCUGUUAUUGAUCAUAAGGCUCUUUUAUUUCAUUGCGUUGAUUCUGAUUUUAAGUGUAAUACAUAUUUUGAGGAUUUUUACUGAAGUAUUGCAGUAUUUUUUAAAUAUAAAUGAUUCGCAUGAUGUUGUAUAUAUUGAGUUUAAUAUAUUUGAACUUGUUGGUAUUAAUGUAUCCUGUAUUUUCAGAGAAUUGUUUAGAUCCCCUUGGUGUUGAGGACGGAAGUAUCCCCGCGGAUCAGCUGACAGCGUCCAGCGAAUGGCGCCCGUCGCACGGGUCUCAACGAGGAAGACUUAACACCUUAUAUAUAUCACACAAUGAAGGCACUGGAGCCUGGUCUGCAAGAUUCAAUGACCAAAACCAAUGGAUUCAAGUAGAUCUUGGUACUUUGAAAAACGUAAGAGGAGUGAUUACUCAAGGACGCAACAAUGAAAUGCAAUGGGUUACGUCUUAUGAAGUUCGUCACAGUGUUAAUGGUAACAGCUUUGAGGCAAUAACUGACGCAAAUGGCCAAGUUGCGGAGUUUAAGGGAAAUUCUGAUCAAGACACUACAGUUACCAACAUAUUCCAUAAUCACGUGUACGCUCAAUUCAUCCGUAUUCAUCCAAUCAGUUGGCAUAAUCAUAUAAGCUUACGAUUCGAGGUACUUGGAUGUCAAGAAUGGCACUUUACUUAUUACAAGUCAUCUCGUUCGAAUAGUGCAUGUCGAAAUCGUUCAAAAAUGGUCGAUAUCCGGACACGGAGCUGCUUGACAUGCGCUAUGGAGUGUAUGAGAACGCAAGGAUGCAAGGAUUUUAAGUAUGACGAAGGAGAAUGUAUUUUUAAUACCAAUGGAUAUUAUGCUGCAUUUCAGUUAUAAAUCCAGUGAUGCUUUAUUUGGCGGAUCUAAUAGGUGUCAAAAAGGGUGAUUGUCUCCUGAUAGCAGUCAAGGAAGAAAUCACUAACCACUGCCAAUGGGGUUAUAUAUCCAUCCCAGUCGGCUUGUCUGUUACGCAAAAACGAAUGAAUCAAUAAUAAAAUUUAGUGGAAUGGUACAUAAUAUCUAGGAGAGGAUUAACUUUUGGUAAGAAAAGGACAAAGAGAAGGUCAAUUAAAGUCAAAGAAAUUCGAGUGUAUCUACUUGAACUUGCCCUCGAGCAUAAAAGAAAACAAUGGUAUCACCCAUGCAAGGCCUGUGUAUUGUUCGGUUCGCACUGGAUGGGGGUACGCACUUUAUGAAAUGACUGCUCUAGUUACAUUUUUUGAUUUAAAGAAAAUAUAAUUAUAUUUAACGUAUAUAUUUUAUAAAAACACGUAAAAAUUAGGGCAGAGUUUGAAAUAGUGUCCUCAGACAAUUAAAUUUAGGAUGAAUUAAGACUACACUCCGCCGACCUGCUAAUAUAUAUAACAGUUUGUGAGUUUGUCCACAAUGAAACAUAUAUGAGAAUAUCCAGAUUUCUCCAGAAUGUAUAUUCUAAUUUACAGUAUAUCAAUCACUGUACUUCAAAUGUAACCGUUAAAAUAAAAUAUUCACUUUGUGUUAA